UGCUGUCAGCGACUUACUGUCAGAUAAAGUAAAGAUCGGGAGACAGCACGUUCGAGUCAAAGAGCUAGUAUAACAGCAGCUGAACUCGAGUGUACCGAAUUAACUGAACUGGACACUUGCUUUGACAGAUAUGUCUACGCCUAAAGUUGCGCUUGUCACGGGUUCCAACAAAGGCAUUGGCUUUGCAGUCGUGCGGGCGCUGUGUCUUCACUUUACUGGCGACGUGUAUCUUAGUGCGCGAGAUGUGGGCCGGGGAACGGCGGCAGUGGAGAGCCUGAGGACCGAGGGGUUGAACCCGUUCUUCCAGCAGCUCGACAUCACCGACCCAGUAAGCGUGCGUGCUGCCCGUGAUUUCUUUAAGGAUAAAUACGGUGGCUUGGAUGUCCUGAUUAACAACGCUGGGAUUGCUUUCAAAGUGGCUGACACCACACCCUUUGGAAUCCAAGCGGAGGUGACCCUCAAAACAAAUUUCUUUGCCACCCGUGAUAUGUGCAAUGAGUUUAUUCCCAUCAUCAAACCCGUUGGAAGAGUUGUGAAUGUCUCAAGUGUCAUGAGCUCCAUUGCCCUGAAGCAGUGCAGCCCAGAACUCCAGGCAAGGUUUCGUAGCGAUGACAUCACGGAGGAGGAGCUGGUGGGGCUGAUGGAGAGGUUCGUGCAGGAGGCCCAGAGAGGUGUACACACCCAGACAGGCUGGCCCAAUACGGCCUAUGGUGUAUCCAAAAUUGGCGUAACGGUGCUGUCUAGGAUCCAGGCCUGGAGGCUGCAGAAGGAGAGGCCAGUGGAUCAGAUCCUUCUCAACCCCUGCUGCCCAGGCUGGGUGAGGACUGACAUGGCAGGUCCCAGGGCCACCAAAUCCCCAGAUGAGGGUGCUGUAACCCCUGUCUACCUGGCCUUGCUGCCGGCCGGUGCUGAGGAGCCACAUGGACAGUUUGUGUCUGAGAAGCAGGUGCAGGCGUGGUGAGAGUCUCCACAGAGUAUGAUGUGUUGGCCAGCCACAGUUCCCUUGAGGAGAAAGUGACUUUCCUAUCAGUUAUCAGCACUAAAAUAUGUUAAUAUGUUUGUAUAAGUUGCACCAAAUGAAAUCAUUGUUUUCAUAAAAUUAGUGGAAAUUUGAAUCAUGGAACAACUAAUUUAAGAUCUUAGUCUCAAGAGUGUCUGCCAAGCAUUUUGAUCAUUUUCCCUAAAAAGCCACAAGUAACAGGUAUACAAAACUAAAACGCAAAACAACAAGGCAAACCAUGAAAAAUGUUGUAGAAAAUUUCUUAGUUAACCACACGGCACCUUCUACUUUUGGGGUAAUUCAGUAUAGAAGAUUUUAGUAUUCAUACUGUGUAAAAUCAUGGAAAACAGUCGCAGAAUGGUUUUUUUAAUGUAUAAAAUUGCUGGUGCAACUGUGUGCCUUCUGUAUAUUUGAA